CCCGGGACUUUGCCGGUCAGUAGUGCAUUCGGGCUGGUUCGGAGCAAAACGCUAAAUAGCACAAGCUGCUCCAGGAACCGCGCGCGUCGCUUCAACUGCAUGGACUAAGUGUGAGUGAGCGAGAAAAGCGACGACUUUCUGCGAGUGUGUGCAAAGUAGGAAUCUUCCAGCAUUCAUUCAGCAAUUAAUCAGAGUGACUAGUUGGAGUUUGUGUGAUAGUGUUGAGGCAAAACAGUGAGAUUGUGGCUUAGUGGUGUGUGUAAGUGUGCGGCGGCGACUUAGUCGUUGACAGAGUGAUGACGAUUCCAGAAUACUAGCGGCGAAGAGUGUGCGACCUUCACUGAUAGUUAGCAUUGUAAAUAGUGUACUAAGUUUAGUGGUUUUGCGCGCGCUCGCGCGUUCGCGACUAGAAGAUUCGCUUCGGAGAAGGAAGAAGAGCACAACUUUAAGUACAAAAACAGCCGGUCGAUUUGGUGAAGGAGCUGGGAAAGGAAUAUUCUACUAGUUUGUUUGCUGGUCCGUGGUGGAUUUGUUGUGAGCUUUGGCCAGAUUUGGAUAAUAGGCGAAUAUUUGAUGGAGAUGCAUGGUCUUCGGAGCUGCUGCUGUUGGCUGUAGGCGAUUAUGGGGUGUUUGAGCGAUGCGUUUAAGGACGAUGCGAACAAAGAAUGAUCUAUUCAAAAAGUGCAAGUACCGCCGGAAAUGAGCACCUGACGGCGACGACAGCCUCCUCGGUGGUCUCGCUGGACCCGAUGCAGGGCAGCAGUUCGGUGGUGGGCACAGCCGCCGUGGCUCAUCAGCCGGGAGAUCAGCAUCAUUAUCACCAGCACCACCAUCAGCAUCAUCAUCACCAGCUGCACAGUCAGCACACAGACACGGAUGGAGGGGGCAGCGAGAAUGAUGGCGGGGGUGGCGGUAGCAGGAAGAGGAAAUUUUCGUACAAUGACAAUAGUGAUAUUGAGGACGACACGGGUGACGAUGCUAAAUCAGUUCGAACUACAGACGAUAACAAAAAACAAAACCACAGCGAAAUUGAGAAACGUCGACGUGAUAAAAUGAACACGUACAUCACGGAGCUGUCGGCGAUGAUUCCGAUGUGCCACGCCAUGUCCCGCAAGCUGGACAAACUCACCGUGCUUCGGAUGGCCGUGCAGCACCUGAAGACGAUCCGGGGCGCGGUGCACUCGUACACCGAGGGUCACUACAAGCCGGCCUUCCUGUCGGACCAGGAGCUCAAGAUGCUAAUCCUGCAGGCGGCCGAGGGCUUCCUGUUUGUGGUGGGUUGCGACCGGGGCCGGAUUCUGUACGUGUCGGAGUCGGUGUCGCAGAUCUUGAACUACUCGCAGGGCGAUCUGCUUGGCCAGAGCUGGUUCGACAUUCUGCACCCGAAGGACGUGGCCAAGGUGAAGGAGCAGCUGUCGUCGUCCGAUCUGAGUCCGCGGGAGCGGCUGAUCGAUGCUAAAACAAUGCUUCCGGUGAAAACUGAUGUUCCUCAGGGAGUGACGAGGCUGUGUCCAGGGGCGAGGAGGUCGUUUUUCUGCCGAAUGAAGUGCAAAACCAACGUUCAGGUGAAGGAGGAAGCCGAAAGUGGGAACACCUCGUCGUCGAGUUGCCAUCGGAGGAAGGGCAAGGUCAAUUCGGACAAAAAGUAUUCCGUAAUUCAGUGCACCGGCUAUCUCAAGUCCUGGGCUCCAGCAAAAAUAGGACUCGAGGAGCACGAAACCGACGGUGAAGGAGACUCGUGUAAUCUGUCCUGCUUGGUGGCGGUUGGCCGGGUUCAACCGAGCCUCUUCCAACCCCCUAUCGCUCCAUCCGGAACCAACCUCAGUAAUCAACGACCAACGAUGGAGGGGGCAGGCGCCGGUACUGAUCGCUCCGGAACCAAUGGCUGCAAGGGCACCAGCCGGAACAACAUUCCAAACCUGAGAAAUGUACAAUUCAUCUCGCGACAUGCCAUGGACGGCAAGUUCCUGUUUGUGGACCAACGGGCCACCCUGGUGUUGGGCUUCCUGCCACAGGAACUGCUCGGCACCAGCAUGUACGAGUACUACCAUCACGAGGACAUUCCAGCGCUGGCUGAAUCCCACAAAGCGGCCCUUCAGGGGAACCAGUGCGUCACGACGCCGGUCUACCGGUUACGGAUCAAGGAGAGCGGCUUCGUGCGGUUGCAAAGUGAGUGGAAGUCGUUCCGGAAUCCGUGGACCAAGGAGAUCGAAUAUCUGAUCGCGAAAAACAAUGUGAUACUGUCGGAGUUGGUGGAGAGUGGGGGACCUAGCGGAAGGACCAUGGCCGGUGGAGCUACCGUGCACGGAAGUAAUGGCAACGGUGGAGGCGGUGGGAGUAGUAGCAACAGCACCGAACUCAGCGGAGGUGACGGAAACAACGAAUCUAAUGGACAAAGUACGGUUGGAUAUGAUAUUUUUAAUAAUUCUGCAAAUGGCAGAGAAAUACAACGAAUGAUAAACUCGCACGUGGAGGCUGGCAAAAUUGGACGACAAAUAGCAGAGCAAGUUCUGGACCACCAACGUAGGACGGGAGAAUCGUCAGCUGAGAGCAGUCCGGACCCGGCGGAACCACCCGGUCUUCCAGCAAAUUUCACGCCGGCCAUCAUCCAGGAGGCCAGCAACCUGUCCAGCGAAGCCAUCGCCGCCGUCGAACGCACCCUGGCCCUAUCGUCGGGCGUCUCACCGGCCUCCUCCUCGGGUGGGGGAGCCCCCGGAACGCCCCAACGGGUCAACGGUACGCUGCCCGGCUACAACCACGUCCGGAACAACUCCAACGCCAUCAUGAGUCCCGAGCACGAGGUGCCGCACGUCCAGGUCAACAACAGUUCGGCCGCGGCCGCCGCCGCCGCCGACGGCAACGACGAGGCGGCGAUGGCCGUGAUCAUGAGCCUGCUGGAGGCGGACGCCGGGCUCGGUGGACCGGUGGACUUUUCCGGGCUGCCGUGGCCGCUGCCCUAGAGGACGAAUCAUUCCGAACCCAUCGUAGAAGAAGUGACAUCAUCAAUCCAUCAAACGGCAACAACUAACCACGCAAUGAAAUUAAGUUACCAACUUUUAGUGAAUGAUAAGGUAGACAAAAAAGUAUACAAAUUAUUUCUAUUUAGUGUUUAUUGUUUAAAAUAAUUGAAAUAAAAACAAAUAUUUUUGUUGGA